UCAGCUGACGUUGUUAUGGCUUGGUUGUCUUUGCAUGUGUGCUGAGAGCUCGUUUAAUUUCCUUAACAUGGCUGCAGUUGCAGCAGCGCUGUUAUUUUCCGUUUUCCCCAAACCUCUCUUACAAAACAUUAGCCUGUUUUUAUUUGGCCUCCUCUGGACUGCGAAACCCAAAGCUUUCUGCAUUGUCUUGCAAAUAAAUAGGAGGUAAACACGGAAGCUGGGUUGCUAACAUUAGCUUUGGUGAACCAGCUGACGAUUGUAGGCCAAGUGCUCAGUUUCCACAUGCAACGUAGUUAGAUACCUUGUUGAACAAAGAGACGUGGACCUCAAUGUAAGAGAUAAAUGGGACAGCACCCCUUUGUAUUAUGCUUGUCUCUGUGGUCAUGAGGAGCUGGUCCAGUACCUGUUGGCUAGUGGUGCCAAGUGUGAAGCCAACACGUUUGAUGGCGAGAGGUGUAUGUAUGGCUCUCUGAAUGACUCUGUUCGACGCCUGCUCAAAGAUUAUAAGUGUGUCAGUGUCCGCGCCAUGCAGCGGGAUGAUUUUAACUACUUUCUGCACAUGUUACUGGAGCAGGGGCAACACAGCGACGUCAAGUUCCUGGUUCAUGGACAAAUAUUUACAGCCCACCGAUGUGUUCUCAGUGCCCGCUCAGAGUACUUCACUGAUAUGUUUGAGACUAAAUGGAAAGGAAAGAACUUGAUCACCCUCAAACACCCUUUGGUCAACCCUGCAGCCUUUGGAGCUAUUCUGCAAUAUUUCUAUACAGGACGAAUGGAUAUUGAUAUAAGCCUUGUGGAGGACUCCAGACGACUUGCUAAACAGUGCAAAAUGGCAGACCUAAUCGAAGAGCUGGAGAAUAAAUGCAAACAGGUGUAUGAAUUUGUGUUCAACAAGCCAGGAGUCUGUGUGAAAGUUCUCAGCCUGGAGCCUAACAGCUGUCAACUUCAAGAUGAGAUGGCUCAGUUAGCAGACUGUGCACUUCCCACUGAAUUAAGGGUUGGAUUUGGUGAACUUCCCUUUAACAGAGUCGACUGCUUCCCUACUUAUCCUGACAUCUGCUUCAGAGUUGAUGGUUACAAUUUCUUGUGUCAUAAGGCGUUCUUCUCUGGACGUAGUGAUUAUUUUAAAGCCUUGCUGGAGGACCACUUCAGUGAAGGAGAGCAGCUGCAGUCCCAGCCCAGCACCCCAGUGAUUACUUUACACAACAUUGCCCAUGAAAUAUUUGUCAACGUCAUGUAUUACAUCUAUACUGACGACACAGAGCUAACAUCAGAGAACGUGUUUGAUGUGCUGUGCGUGGCUGACAUGUAUCUGCUCCCGGGGCUGAAGCGUCUCUGUGGGAAGACGCUUGCUAAGAUUACGUGCGAGGACAAUGUUCUGAACAUGUGGAAGACGGCAAAGCUUUUCCGUCUCUCUCGGCUGGAGGACCACUGCACAGAGUUCAUGGCCAAGAUCAUUGAUCGGCUGGUGGAGCAGGACGAGUUUGCAGAGAUCAUCAAAGAGGACGCUGCAUCGUUGGAGGAGCGACACGAGACCGACUCCGUCCCCUUGGUGGAUGACAUCCGCUACCACAUCGCCAGCAACGUGCAGACUUACAGCGCUAUCGAGGAGGCCAAUCAGAAGCUAGAGGCCUUGGAGGAGCUGCUCUCCACCAUUAAUAUCGAAUGCUGAGGGCUCGGCAGGUUGUGCUUUGUGGCUUCAACUGCUGUGGAGUUUGAAGUUUUUAAGGCGUAUACUUUGGGAAGGGGACAUAUGAAACAAAACAUAUGCUUCUCUGUGUUUGGAGGUUUUAUUUUAUUCACAGCAUAUUAUACAGAGUGUAUAUUUUCAGUGGAUGUUCUCAUGUUACAGAGGCAUUUUCAGAGAAAGCUGUUUAUGUUGUCUGUUUAAAGAUUGUUCGAGUAAGACUCGAAAUAUUAAGUUCUGUAAGGAAAAUUGUGAAUUAUAUAUUUACAACAGAAUAUCUUUGAAUUGCACAUGCAUGAAUUUAUUAUAGAUAUAUUAUAGUGUAGCUGCUAAAGUUUUAACUAGCUGCUUAUUUAGCUUUUUUAAAAUGUAGUUUGGCCCCAUAAAAGUUCAGCACCAGCCCUCAUGUUGAAACUCCGUCAUUGGAGUUAUUAUAUUAUUAUUAUUAUUACUAGUGUAUUCUAAAAGAAAGAGCCAGUGCGAGUGCAUCCCAUGCACUGACACACGCUUGAUAACGGAGUAAAAAGAUGAACACUGAAGUAUAUGUUUACGUCAUUCAUCCAGAAUAUAAUUUUAACCUUUAACUUCUUAUUUUAAGUAGCCUAACGUAGAAUAUUUCAUGAUGUGCAGAAGCAGGCAACUUUUAUUUUGAUUGGAUAUGGCUGCUGCUCAGUGACACCCCUCAACUAUGAAUACUUACACUUAUCCCCCUUAAACAUAUUCCAGCCCUUUAUUUAAAUGGAAAUGGAAAGGCAAGAAAAUAAAGCUCUUACCAAACUGUUUGCAUGUAAAAUUCACCAUCACCGCAGGGAAAUAUUAAGAUUUGUUUUCAAGAUGGUGAUUUCCUGUUUUCAGUGUCACCCUGCUUUUAUGAUAAUGGAUAAACAGUUGUUCUCGGUUUUGGCAAUUAAACGUGGCAUAGCAUGUUU